AUGGAGUGGUAUGACGGAGUGGUCAAAUCCCUUUACUCUAAAAGUAAAUGGUUCCUCAUCGUCUACACCGACGACGACAAAGAGGAAGUCACCGAGAAGGAGCUGCAGCGCAUCCUCGUGCCGCCCGUCCCCGGCGCGCUCGGCGCGAUCGCGGCGUCGUCGCUGCUGCCGGCCGUCGGCGCGUACGGCGGCGCGGCCGCGGUCGGCAAGCUCCGGCUCGCGUGCCGCGCGCUCAGCGCCUUCGACUGGGCGCCCGUCUGGGCCGCCCUCGUCGAGGCGCGCUUCCCCUUCGCCGGCCAGCGCGACGUCGAGGCGUACCGACGGACGGACGCGGAGAAUCCGCUCUUCUUCCGCCCCAGCGCGACGUCAGUCUCCUACGCGGACCUCAACGACGACGGCCCGGCGUUUCUCGCCGGCGCCGCCGCGGGCACGCGCUGGGCGCGGGGCGAUGUGUUGACGCGGUCGCGGCGGCGCUUCCGGGUGGCGUUCGGCGCCGUGCUCGGCGCCGGCCGCGCGUACGUCGGCCUGGCGGUCGCGCGCGCGUUCGACGGCGGGGCCGCGACCUUGGACAGCGACGACGCCAUCCUCAUCAGCAGCCACGGCUACAUUUCCAGGGCCACGGGCGGGGGCGCCGACGGCCUCCCGAAUCGCUGGGGCCCGGGGCCCGACGGCUGGGUCGACGUGCAAGUCGACCUCGACACGCACUACGUAUCCAUCGCCUCGUCGAGCAUGUCUCGGUGGCGGGACAAGAUCGUGCCCUCGUGGAAAUCGGCCGGAGUGGACGCGUACACGUACAUGUGGGCCGGAUACCUCCCGCUCGGGGCGGACAAGAACAUGCCGAAGACUACGACUAUUUGCACUCGGAUAACUACCGAUAUCAGGGCCGUUGGCUCGCGCCUUUUUGCUGUUCCAGGGGGCCAUACAGUGCGGGAAGCAACUAUAACAGGGUUAGAAAGUAUUAAGAAAGGGGAAGGAUAUUGGGUGACUCUGCACGCGGAGAAGAAGAUGACCGCCCUGAACCCUGUGGUCUUCGGCUUUGCGUGA